AUGUCUCUCACUCGUCCUCUUCUUCACUACGGGCUCAAGCCCCUCUUCGCCAGCUGGCACACAUAUGUUGGUGCUGAGCGGGCUGCCGAGACCCAGGUCUCGGUUGUGGGUGGCCUUUAUCUUCAAGCUAGGCAGAUUCGUCCCACCAUGGACAUUGACGUCAUUGUCAAGUCCGGCCCCGGCAUCGACAGGUUCCAGAUCCGCGACAACAUCGCUCGCUUGGACUCGCGCUUCACCAUCGAUCUGGAAGGAAAGUGUGGCCUCACAUACCGCGAGAAGCAGGAGGAUGAUGUUGUUUCAAUUGACAUCAUCGACGAUACGGUUACCACGUAUAUGCCCGAGGGCAUGUCCCUCGACGAGGUCGUUGCAAAUGAUGCGAUCCCCUUGCCUACGGACUCGAAGGCUAUCAUCAAGAAGCUCAUCGCAGGCUCGGACCGUCUCAAAUCCAGGGAGAAGAAGGCUGUCAACGACUUCGACGACGCCAUGAAGCUCUUCGGGAAGUUGUAUCACGGGGACGGUGUGAUCAGCUACAAGAGCAACAUGGAGAAGCAGACCGUGAAGAUAGCGUUCAACAAGUUCUAUCCCACCUACAAAGCUGCCAAGGACGAGCAAAAGGAACUCCGUUAGGAAUGGAAGACGAUCGACUAGAUCUUGAAGUCGCAGACUCGUCACUUCGAACCUUCAUAACAAGCGAGUCAGAUGCGUGAAGAGAGGAGACAAAGGGAGCGAGACGAACCGAAACAACGAAUCACGAAUCCACGAGUUGGACGCCUGGUUU